AUGUAUCUCCUGGUGUGCAUGUCCGUCCCCUAUACCUCAUUGGCUGAGUACGAUAGAGGUUACAGCUUUACCGAGACGUUGCCCACGCGUUAUCUCUUAACUCGGGCAUAUGAACACCGAAACCCCACCUCAAGGGAGAGCAACUGCCUUGACAAGAACUCCAGCAGCCCUGGACCAAUUUGGUGGCAGCCAGUGCCGAAGGAGACUUCCAACAACUUCAGAGACAAUGAAAGUCAAAGAGUGUCAUCGGCCCGAAAAGAGAAUGCCAUCAUCUGUAGCAGCCAGGCAGUUGCUAAGGAGGAUGACAAAUUAUUUAAUAAGCUAGAAAAUAUAAACACUGACUCAGGCAAUGAAGAGGAACGGAAACAUAAGGAAAAGGACCAAGCUUCAGGACAGCGAUCAAAUGUUCAUAGACGUCGCCAGCAUAAAGGAUUCUCACGAUCCAGAAACAACGUCGAAAAAGGAAAUCAAGAUAAGAAACCACACCAAGAACCUUCUGAAUUCAAGUCUGACCACAGCUCUUCAGACAAGCAGCCCGUGGAUAAUCAGAAGUGCAAUGACAAUUCCAACUCCCAGGCAGAGAAGAGUGGAAGCCCGUCGGAGGAGAACCAGCAGCAGUUGGAAGGACCUCAAGGCCAAGCGUCAGAAAACAAUCGUUCAGAGAGAUCUCAAGGCCAGUUGGAGAGUUCUUCUGAUCAGUCAGAGAGAUCUCGUGGCCAGUCAGAGAGUUCUCAUGACCAGUCUGAUACAUCUUGUGACCAAUCGGAGAGAUCUUGGGCCCAAACAGAAAGAUCUCGUGGCCAACUAGAGAGAGCUCAUGACCAGCAGGAGAGAUCUCAUACCCAGAUAAAACGAGCUCAUGGCUACCCAGAAAGAUCCCAUAGCCAGUUAGAGAGAUCUCGUGGCCACACUGAGCGAUUUCAUGGUCACUCAGAGAGAUCUCGUGAUCAUUCAAAGAGAUCUCAUAUCCCGUCAGGGAGAUCUCAUGUCCCAUCAAGAAGAUCUCAUGUCCCAUCAGGGAGAUCUCCAAUUCCAUCAGGGAGAUCUCAUUUCCCAUCACGGAGAUCUCCUAUCCCAUCAGGGAGAUCUUAUUACUCUUCAGGGAGAUCUCCUGUCCAGUCAAGGAGAUCUCCCAUUCGGUCAGGGAGAUCUCCUGUCCGGUCAGGGAGAUCUCCUGUCUGGUCGGGGAGAUCUCCUGUCUGGUCAGGGAGAUCUCCCGUCCGGUCAGGGAGAUCUCGUUUCUCGUCAGGGAGAUCUCCUGUCCCAUCAGGGAGAUCUUACUACUCAUCAGGGAGAUCCUAUUUCCCGUCAAGGAGAUCUCCUGCCCCAUCAGGGAGAUCGUAUUUCCUGUCAAAGAGAUCUCCUGUCCCGUCAAAGAGAUCUCCUGUCCCAUCAGGGAGAUCUUAUUACUCAUCAAGGAGAUCUUCUGUCCCAUCAGGGAGAUCUUAUUUCCCCUCAGAGAGAUCUUAUCUCCCAUCAGGGAGUUAUUAUGGCCAAUCAGGGAGAUAUGGAAGAUACUCACCAGUAGAAAGAUUCAGAACAUCACCCGAAUUUGAGUCUCAAUUUAACAGGUUUUUAACAAUGAAAAGAAGGAACCCACACUCCCAGAAACAGAUGUGGUGGAGAUAUGAUCAAAUGAACAGGAACCGAAAGAUGUCACUAGAAAAUGGCCACAGAUUCCGCGAAAAUGAUCGAAGACGUAAGAGAAACAUGAGACGUGCUGCUAAAGCUUUACUGCUAAGAAAUAAAAAUACUUCAACCAAGAAUUCUCCACAGCAGUCCAAAGAAAUAGAAGUGAAAUUCAACUUUCAAGCAACCGGUCAUCAGACGAAGCUUUCACUCAAUGAAAGAUUCUCUAAGCUGACAGAGAAGAAAGUACCAAAAUCAGUUGUCAAUUCUGAGGACCAAAAAGUCCUUCCCUCUUAAAGGUUUGCUGUUAACAGGGAUAUUGUAAUGAGUUAAUGCUCAAGGGUAUACUUGCAGUGUUUAACUUUGUGCUACUCUUGUCAAUGUAUUUUUUCUUCCGUGUGCUUUGAUGUGCAUAACCUGUCAAAAGUGUUUACAUAAGAGAAAACAAUUUUUCCUUUGUUUGCAUAAGAGAAAAAAAAGGUUACUUUGUUUGCAUAAAAGAACCGAGAAAUGAGUAAGAAGUGGGAAAGGUGAUUUGGCAUGAGAGAUGUUAGGAAGACAGCUAGGUGUUCAGAAUGACACACAAUA